AUGGGGUAUAUGAAGUGCUCCACGAUCGUUGCAAUCGUUGCCAGAAUCAUCAUCAUCAUCCAUUCUCACAUCAUCCUUGACGAGAUCAACUGGAUCGUCAAGACAUCGUGUUUUUACAUCACCGGAAAAAGCCACAAGACCUUAGAAUCUCUAUCCACUCAGUCGCUCAACAUGUCGCAGUCGACGCGGUCAUCGAUGCUCCUGAACUUCCUCCUCCUGACCAUCCUAGCCCUAUCCUCUCUGGGGUCGUCUCGUCCCGUCUCUAAAUCAGGAAAUGGCUUGUCAAGAUCUGAUAUCCACUCGAGAUCUGCUAGUCCUAGUCCCAGAGUAGUCCCUUCAAACGGAGAAUACCGCGAAAGGCUCAUGAAGGAUAUCUUCGACUCACUCGGUCUCAGCGCCCUGAACAAGCUAGACGACUGGAAGAAGAAGCUGGAGGACUCCGACGUCAUCGACGACAGCAACAGCCCCAGCAACACCGUUACAGAAGAGAACAACGCCUCCAUCGUCGACGAACCCAAGAAUGGCUCGGAUGACGAGCAGACCGAGGACACACCGGACACCGUCGAUAUCGUGGAUGAUAUCCUCUCCACAAUGAUCGACAAGUUCCACGAGGCAUUCCUCACUCAGGAUGAGCUUACGCUGAUUUGA